AUGUCGUCUUCUGAGGAUCUGUACCUGCGGUAUGACAGAUUUAUUGUCCCGAAGGAGACACACUCCUUGGAGAGUCUGACAUUUGCUCAGAAGUUUGAGUUUAAAGACGACGACGUCGUGGCUGUGACGUACCCGAAAUCAGGUACAGUCUGGAUGCAGGAGAUCCUCCCACUGGUGCUGAACGGUGGAGAUCUGACCACGCUCAACACAGUCGUAAACUGGGACCGAGUCCCAUGGCUGGAAGAAACAAGGCUGGCAAAGGUUGUGGACCAAAUGAAAUCUCCACGUGCGCUGGUCUCACAUUUUACCUACGAACUCAUGCCCCCUUCCUUCCACACUUCCAAAGCCAAGGUCAUCUACGUCAUGAGGAACCCAACGGAUGUGUUGGUGUCUUCAUACUACUUCCACCAGAUGGCUGCUUUCCUUGAAGAUCCAGGAACUUUUGAUGAGUUCAUAGAAAAAUUCCUAGAAGGCAGAGUGCUGUUUGGAAAAUGGACAGAUCAUGUGAAGAGCUGGAAACGUGCCGAGCUGGGAGACAGAAUAAUGUUCAUCACAUAUGAAGAAAUGGUUCAGGACUUGCCUGCAUCUAUCAAGCUCAUUUCAGACUUCCUGGGCUGUAAUCUCAGUGAAGAAGUCAUCCAGAAGGUUGGAGAACACUGCUCCUUUAAGACCAUGAAGUCAAACAUCAUGUCCAACUUCAGCUUGGUCCCCAAGAAGUACAUGGACAACGACAAGUCUCCCUUCCUGAGAAAAGGAAUUGCUGGAGACUGGAAAAACCACUUUAACUCAGAACAACUUUCCCGGUUCACAUCUGUGAUCCACAAAGAGCUGGAGGGAGAGAACUUCUGUCUGCCGUGGAGCCUGGAUUGA